UCUGAUCACAAAAGAAACGACAGAUUUAAGAGCCAGUCGCAUAAGCAUGCGAGAGCGCUGCCAUGCAAGAAUGGAGCUGGGUUUAAAGCCUGUAAGUUGCUCCGCGCAUUAGUCCUUUUAGCUACGGUUUUAGCGGUUGGCAGUGCAAAUCUCAUCGAAGGAAGAUCAGCCUCCAUACAACCACGUAACGGAUCAGUCCUAUCCAACACAACAAACACUUCGAAGCUUCAGCCAGGCAGCGGCGAUGAAUCCGACCCUCUCCAUCUGGCUUGCGCCGAGAUAUCUUUGGUAUGCCAUCAUUACAACCGGAUGGUGCCCCAGUCUAUCAACUUCACUGCGGAGGAACGAGAAAGGAACGUGACAUGUGAAAUAGGGUCAGAGGCAGAACGGUCUGAACAGUGCACGACGGUGGUUCGAAUUAUUGUGGACAUCUUGCAAAUCAAGGAUGUCAACGAAGAAUUCGGUAUAGUCCGCCUUUUGAUGGUGCUCAGACAAUUCUGGUCAGACGGGAGGCUAGACCUUGCUCCCGAGUACAGAGACACCUGCCCGUACAUUCAGGAGGUGAACAAUGGCAGUGCGGGUUAUGUGCCGUCAGAAGCCCAUCGUAAGGUGUGGGUCCCUGAUCUGUACCUCAUUCGAGUCGAGGAAGUGUAUAGACCCGAGAUUCUGGCGGCAGCGGAGACUUUCCGAGUGGACGAGCACGGUAACGUCACCAUGCACUCGCCGUCGACAUCCUACAUCAAGGCCAUCGACGUCUGGAUGUUCGUGUGCCUGUUGUUCGUGUUCGCCGCCGUCGUCGACUGCCUGAUCGACAUCCGGCUGCUGUUUGUCGUCUCGCAGUCGUACAAGCAAGAACGGCUCGGGUUUCUCACGCCCGUGUCGGUGGCGCUGGUCGAGAACCGCCGCGUCUUCGACGACCUGUUCGGGGGGCUGGACGACGAGCCCGCCGCCACGCCGUCCGUCUUCUUCGACGCGCCGAGUCGGCCGGAGCUGCCCUGGCAGAAGAGAUGCGGCUAG